UUUUGCCGCCUCACUGCUCCCCUCAUGGGCACGGCAUCCGCCGCCCUCCUUCCCCAGCUCAGAGUGCGGCGCACAUUCACCACCCACCAACUCUGUCUUCUGUACGUUACGCCCAAGCAACCAUGGCGGCCGUCAUGCCAGCGACACCAACCACGACGACGGUGCCGCUGCCCAACUACCAGGUGUCCGGCGCGGGCGCAGCUGCAGCAGCGCCGCGGCACGGCGCCUCUGGGUCAGGCUCGGUCGGCGCCUUCUUCGGGGUGCUGGCCGCGGUGCUGGUGCUCACCGUGCUCUCCUGUGUGUUUGGCCGGGUGUGCGCCGCGCAGGCCGAGGGACCCGACGAGUCCUACGACUGCACCAGGCUAGCGCGCUGGCGGAGGAGCGCGCACCGGCGGCGACCGGUGCUGCCAGCCGCGGAGACAAAGCAGCCGGCUGCAUCGCAGCCACUGCCGCUGCCGCUGCCGGAGCCGUGAAACGUAAACCUGUCAACCUAACCGGGCGCUCAGCGGCUCAAGUCCAAGGGAGCACGAAGAUGAGCACACAAGUUGCAUCAGCUGCUGCUGGUUCAGCAUCCUCAGCUUCUUCAGAUGUUGCAUCCCUUAUAGAAAAGGCUAUAGCAGCACAAGAAUAUGGAGUUCUGGACACUCCAACUAACCAUAGAUAGUCUUAAUGAUCGAUUUCUACUAUAUAAGUAUAUAGUAUAUUGUAUAUAUACCCUACAUAUAUGUCCUGGUAUAUACAAGAUGAUUAUAUA